UAAAUCGAAGCGAGGACCGAAUCAAAUUUACUGGACCUGGCAUCGAUUUGCCCGCACGGUUCAUUUGGGAAUGGCACACGAUGGCUACCAUUCCAUUUCCGGUCGCAGUAAUUGCUGACCGAAAUAUCGCGGCCUCUGUACACGUGCGCAGCUCGACACUUCCGAUUGCACUUCCAUUUGCACGGAAGGUUUCUUAGAGACCCACACGAUCUUCAUCCAAUAUUCAUGCAUUUUCACCUAAGCUCUAUUUCACGUAAGAAAUAAAGAGAAAAUAGUAUUGCAAGCAAAUAGAAUAAUCGAUUCUUUUCUCGGAACUAUGAAUAGAGUUCUCAUUGAUGUUCACCGCAUAGCUCCGUGCGAAAAAAAGAAAGUCGAGAGCUCUUAUUUCGCAGAGUUCUGCUAGCUGUGAAGCUCCUUUGUGCAGCCUUCUUUUCAUCGCGAGACACGGACCAAGAAACGUCCACGAUGUCGCAUUAAAAUGUAAUACGACGCGCCGCGUGUUAAGGUUCGUUCACAAUUAGCUCGUCUGAACGAACCGCUGAUCUUAGACUUCGUACGUGACGAUCCGUAAAGAAGCGAAACCGAAACCCGAAUUUUCCUCGGUUUUGUGAAAGAACGGCGGCCGUAUAAGGAAACGCUGAUUGAAAGGGGAAUAUAUUUUUCGCGCUUUGUUCCCAAGCAACUGUUCUCGGAAGCUUUAAUAUCGUUCGAAAUCACCGCUUUCAGUGAUCAGUUUCAGUUCAUCCGGAGGAAGGUAGAUACGCCGCGUUAUGAUCACGGAACGAUAAAGUUUUCGUGAAAAUGUUACGAAUGCUGGAGUGCUCGCGUAAGGGGCAGCGGAAAAGUUGCAUGAAAAACGACGAUAGUUCGACAAAGUUUCGACCUUCCUUUUGCCAAAGUUAUAUCCUUCUGGUCGAUACGCGCGCGUGCCUUGGCCAACUAGUAAAGCUGACGCCCGAUUUUCCGGCAAAUCUGCUAUCGUUUGAAGAAAAUCCUGUCAAGAUUCGUUUCAAAAAUAUUUUCAAAGCGAUUUGAUACAUUUUAUUUAUUUUUUUUUUUUGUACAGCUAUCGAUCAUCGAUCUGGAAUUUAUUUCCUUUUGAACAAACGUCCUCGAGAUGUCUAUCAAUUUGCUAGACAAAUCGAUCGGUGUUUAACCUGAUCAAAAAUUCCAACCAUUUAUCAACAUCUUUCUUUAUUGGAUUUUAGAUUCUUUCGUCAUAGUCUUCGAUAAUAAAAAUAACAGACUGUGUAAACGGUAAUUAGGUGGCGUCCGUUCAGUUGUAACAAUCUUGAAAAAUGCUUUACGCAAUAAGUCUCUCAAACACCUGUCAAAUACUCUUAUAAAGCAAGCCUCUCGACUAAAAACCGAUUAAACACCCAGUGAAAACAGUCGAAAUUAACGCCUCUGUUACGAUGAAGAUACCUUCAAAAUUUUCCUUCCUCUUCGCGCUUCAUUGCAUUUGUCUGCUCUCGAGUGCCAACUGCAAGGAACAAUUGAUUCGAGAUGAAAAUUCCGAGCAUCUGAAUCCAAACCCGCAGAACUCGCUAGUCCAUGGCCGAGUAAUUACCUCGAGAAAGGAACCUGUGGCGAACAACGGAGCGUUUGACAAACUUCCGACAUCUCGUUGGAAAAACUUCGGUCAGAAGUCCAGCGAAGAAAUCACGUGGAAAAAUCAGCGAGUUCGCAGUUUCCUGAAGAAUAAAAACGCGACAUCCAGUGACAAACUUCGCUCGACCAUCUUUCGACAACCAGAUAUCGGCCGUCUCGAAGAAAACGGGCAACUUUUCCCCCGAAAAUUGAAUCGGAGAUCGGUGCAAUCGGCACAGACGGAAAAAGAAAAACGAAGCACUCGCGAAUCCGGAUUUCCCAGGCAAGCUUUCGAUCCGAACGGCAAACUUAACCCCGAUCCGCCUGCCUUUAGUUUCUUUGUUUUGUUUUCCAGUUGGGAUGGCGGCAAGGAUCAACACUACGUUAAGCGACAAGCGGAUGCUGAAACUUUCCGAGAGAAAGAAGAGAGGCGAGCGAAAAAUCAUGAAGCUCGUGUUGACAGUCAACGUGCGUUUAAUCUGUCAGAUUUAUUGCCAUUCAAAAAUGGAUCCUUGGAGAUGGUUGGUCUGCCGGGUCAACCUAUUAGGAAGAUUUUAGACCUUUUCUUUAACGCGAUUAAGCAGAAACCAAAGGACGGUGGUGAGAAUGAGAAUCAACAGUUGCAUAUCAUAGGUCGAUAAGGAAAUUGUUCGAAUACGGAAGAGACACGUCGAAGAAUACAAUGGAAAACGCAGAAACUGCGAAGAUUCACAAAGCGGUGAGAGCCGGAUCAUUGUUGACGUAGGGAAACCAUAAAUUGUUAUUCGUAUUGUUAGCUCAAGGAGCUAACUAGCUAAAGUAGCUCGUUUGAUUAAAGAAUAAAUAGAUCGAUGAUUAUAAUCGUGCUUAGUUCCUUUUAUACGCGUAAACUAUGGAAGUGUAACGUCAAUUCACAUCAGAGACCAGGUCACACACCGCGGGCAAGAUGGUAGCCAGAUGUCUGCACAUCCUUGGCGCGUAUCCUCAAUAGUCUUAAGGACCCACCAUGGGUCUUGGCAUUUUCAUAGUUAAGGUCCUUCAGACCAAACAAGUAUCUUUUGUUUCAGCUUUCCUUUUACAUUUAUUGUUUACUACUGGUUAACACGGGAAAGUUGGUUUUCCUCACGUUCGGUAUCUUCCGUUAGCAACUUUCUCUCGAGGGCGGCUAAAAUCCUUCCCGGUCCAUCAAACUUCUUAUUAUCCAAUCGGAAGCGGUGUCUACUGCCCUCACUUUCCUAACCAAAAUUGUCAUCAACAAAUCCGAUGGUCCCGUGUCCUUAGACACACCCACCCCUAGCUUCCCUCAGAUCUUUUUCAGAUAUCAUUUUACCGAGUUUCCACCCUUAGACCAGUCGCGUACUUAACGUAUCAGUGUAACUAGGUUUUACAUAAAGUUGUUGAAGUGAAUUGCGAUUUAUGUGUGUUAAUUCAGUGUGCAUCCCCUUGUGAUUGCUGAAUUCAUAAUAAAGUUUAACAAAAGCAUAA